UUCAUCACUCAGCAGCAGCAGGUCGAUCACAUGUGACCGGCCGUCUCUGUGGAGCGCGUGUCAGCACGGCGACGCUCCGCCGCUCUGCUCUACAUCCGCGCUGCUCCUGACUGGCUGCAUGGCCUCGCUGUAAACACUCGGGACCAGAGGCAGACCAAGCGAGAAGUUACGCCCUGAGCUACACAGAGAGUGUCAGGACAGCAACAUGAAGACCAAAGGAAAGGCUGGGAGACCAUCCAGGAGAACCUGGUCCGAUCCAGAUGUGGAACUGGAACCAGACACAGAGCCAGAACCAGGCUCCAGUGAGCAGGAAGGCUCAGAGGCCUCGGUGUCAAUAGACCACGCCUGGAGAGGGUCGCUGCGGAAAAGGGAGGGCAAGCGUGGCGGAGGUCGGCGACGCAGGCAACAUGGCUCCACGACCAAGGAGCGCAGCGUGCGGCGCCUGGAGAGCAACGAGCGCGAGCGCCAGCGCAUGCACAAGCUCAACAACGCAUUCCAAGCGUUGCGCGAGGCCAUUCCCCACGUGAAAACUGACAAGAAGCUGUCCAAGAUUGAGACGCUGACGCUAGCCAAGAACUACAUCAAAGCCUUGACCACCAUCAUCCUGGACAUGUCGGGGGGCUGCCUCCCCUCAGGGGAGAUCCAGUCACAGGCCAGCGCCGCCAAACUUCUGCAGUGCUACCAGCAACAUUUGGAAGAGGAAGGCGAAGAGAGUCUCACCCAGUACCUCACCCAGAUGCACAGCUUCAGCCAGGGCAGCUAACGUUGUGAUUGGGUCGGGACUUUGGUGUGAGAGGAAAGAGCGGCAAUGUCAGGGGCCAAAUCUAAAACGUUCCUCAGCAGUGGUGCUUCCUGAGGUGUUGAGAUGGGCUUGAAUACAGAGGAGGACCACGUGAUGAGCAGAGAGAGACUGCGAAUGGACAAGAAACCAAAUGUUUUCACAAGUAGCUUUGGUAGAAGAAGGGCUUCUCUUUUGAUGUUCUCUCUUUCUGUUUCCGAGUGUUGCGAGCGGGGAAGGGAAUUGUUCUGUUUUUUUUUUUUUUUAUCUCGUGAUCUUCGUUUGUGUGCUCGGUUGAGAAACCUGCUCAGCGUUGCCUCCAGAUAUAACUGUCUCAUCCAGGAGGACGAUCAGCAAAGACUACACUGAGGAGUGCUAAGACUGUUUGCUCAUGCUCUCAUCAAGAUGAUCUCCCUUCCACUUGUAAACACAAAUUUGCUAAUUUACUUGCUGUGAAACUGGUUGAGCACCCAUGUUGUAGCUGGAGGGAGAAGCGCUGUUUAAAGUGGAUGAUAUUUGCCUUUUUGUGACCGUGCCUUACUGCAGGCGAGCCUUUGUGAAAAACACCUGAUACAAGCUCACAAUAAACAUAUUUAUUUAUUGAC